CCGGUUUCUCGCUGAACCUGUGCUGCACUUCGGUGUGAUUGUAUUGGCGGUUCUACUCGGUGCAGGCCGAAGACUGAUAAAAUGGAGGUUCCUCUACCCCCGGAUGACCAGGAACUACGGAAUGUCAUCGACAAGUUAGCGCAGUUUGUUGCCAGAAAUGGACCAGAAUUUGAGAAAAUGACCAUGGAGAAACAGAAGGACAACCCCAAAUUCUCUUUCCUGUUCGGAGGAGAAUUCUACAACUAUUACCAAUGUAAACUAGCAAUGGAACAACAGCAAUUUAUGUGCAAGCAAGUUGUGGAGAUGGAACCAAGCGUGCAGAUGACCACAAUUCCAACAAUCCCACCUCCAACUUUGACUCUUGCCCCAACGCUUGUGCCUCCACCACCACAAGGUGCGCCUCCUUUUGAGGAUCUCAUUCAACAAAGCCAGUGGAAUCUGCAGCAACAAGAACAACAACUUAUCAAUCUGAGACAGGAACAAGUCGCGGCGGCAAUAUCUCAUGCAGUAGAACAACAGAUGUUGAAGCUGCGAGAUGAAACUCAGCUGGACAUGAAUGAAUUUGAUAAUUUGCUGCAGCCUAUUAUUGAUACUUGCACAAAAGAUGCAAUUUCCGCUGGCAAGAAUUGGAUGUUUAGCAAUGCUAAGACUCCCCAACACUGUGAGCUGAUGUCUGGACAUCUCCGUAACCGUAUCACAGCAGAAGGAGCGCACUUUGAGCUUCGCCUACACCUGAUAUACCUGACCAAUGACGUGCUACACCACUGCCAGAGAAAGCAGGCUCGGGAACUGCUCGCUGCCAUUCAAAAAGUAGUGGUUCCCAUUUAUUGCACCAGCUUCCUAGCAGUUGAAGAGGAUAAGCAACAGAAGAUUGCACGGUUGCUUCAGCUGUGGGAGAAGAAUGGCUAUUUUGAUGAGGCCACAAUUCAGCAGUUGCAGAGUCCUGCACUUGGUCUUGGACAACACCAGGCUGCAUUGCUAGCUGAGUAUGCUACUGUUGUGCAGCCCGUACUAAUGGCUUUCCAGCAGCAGAUCCAGACCCUGAAAACUCAACAUGAAGAAUUUGUGGCCAGUAUAAAGCAACAACAACAACAGCAACAACAACAGCAACAACAACAACAGCAGCAGCAGCAGCAACAACAGCAGCAGCAACAAAUUCAGAUCCCAGUAAUGGAGCCCAUCCCAGAAGUAGUAGCUCCAGCACCAGCUCCUGCCCCUCCACCUGUCCAAGUGCCUCCACCAGAUGAUGUGAAGCCACCAAUGGGAAUGCCUACAUCAGCAGAAUAUGAGCCUCCGCCCACUAAUGUGCAAGACACCGCUAACGAAGUACCCCGGGGCAAUGUCCCUCUUGAACAGAUUCCACCAAACAAGCCUCCUUGGUUUGAUCAGCCACAGCCUAUGGCACCUUGGGGACAACAACAGCCUUGCGAGCAACCACCUUUUCCUCAUCACCCAGGCCCACCUCCCUGUCCACCGUGGAACAAUAGCCAUGAGGGCAUAUGGAAUGAGCAGAGGGACCCCAACUGGAAUAACCCACCUGAUCCUGCCUGGAACAACCAAAGGGAGCCCCCUUGGAAUAACCAAUUUGAAGCCCCCUGGGGUGAACAGCCACCCUGGGGAGGUGGGGGUCCAAGAGAUCCUCAUUUUCGCAUGCAGCGUCCCCCCCACUUCAGAGGACCUUUUCCCCCUCAUCAGCAGCACCCUCCCCAGUUCAACCAACCUCCUCACCCACACAAUUUCAACAGAUUCCCUCCUCGUUUCAUGCAAGAAGAAUUUCCCCCACACCACCCUUUUGAGAGGCCACCAUUCCCCCAUCGUUUUGAUUAUCCACAAGGAGAAUUUCCUGCAGACAUAGGCCCACCUCACCAUCACCAGGGUCACAGAAUGCCACAUCCCAAUAUGAAUGAGCACCCUCCAUGGGGCGGGCCACAGCACCAGGACUUUGGCCCACCUCCUCACGGAUUUAAUGGACAACCCCCUCAUAUGCGCAGACAGGGACCCCCACAUGUCAACCAUGAUGACCCCAGCCUGGUCCCCAAUGUACCUUACUUUGACCUUCCUGCUGGCUUGAUGGCUCCUUUGGUGAAGCUGGAAGACCAUGAAUACAAACCUCUUGAUCCCAAAGAUAUUCGCCUUCCUCCCCCAAUGCCACCUAGUGAGAGAUUACUGGCUGCUGUUGAAGCCUUUUACAGCCCACCCUCACAUGACAGACCACGGAACAGUGAAGGAUGGGAGCAGAAUGGUCUCUAUGAAUUUUUCCGAGCUAAAAUGAGGGCUCGCAGAAGGAAGGGGCAGGAAAAGAGAAACAGCAGGUCCUCAAGAUCCAACAGUAGAUCAAAAAGUCGUGGUAAUUCCUCUUCGCGGUCACGUUCCAGAUCUUCUAAAUCCUCACGAUCCUAUUCUGGGUCACGCUCAAGGUCUGGUUCUCGGUCCAGGUCCUACUCCCGUUCCAGAUCCAGGAGUGGAAGCCAGUCACGGUCAUCCCGCAGCAGAUCACGGUCAAGAUCUAGGUCCAAAUCUAUUUCGCCUGGAAGGAGGCGUAGAUCUAGAUCUCGCAGUGCAUCCCCAGUUUCUGCUUCUGGAUUAGGCUCUGGCUCCGGAGGAGGUAAUGUGCCUACUAUCCGCUUAGGAGAGGAGAAUAAGGGGCACCAGAUGCUGGUAAAGAUGGGAUGGAGUGGGGCUGGAGGACUUGGAGCCAAUGAACAAGGAAUCCAAGAUCCCAUUAAAGGUGGUGACGUUCGAGACAAGUGGGACCAGUACAAAGGUGUAGGUGUCUCCCUAGAUGAUCCAUAUGAGAAUUACCGCAGGAACAAAAGUUACUCCUUCAUUGCCCGCAUGAAAGCCAGGGAUGAGAACUUUAAAGCAGGAGGACCAUUUCCCCCUGGUUCAGGUCCUCAAGGCAAUGUGAAACGAGAGGGACCAGAACCUCCAGUAGAGGAUUGAAUUGACACAGUCUAAUGAUCAUUGUCACAUUUGUUAUGGUGACUGUAAUAUGUUCAAGUCAGAAGACCACAGCAAAUUCUGCGUUGAGUGUUGCUGGCUCAUAUGGUAGCGAAAGUAUUUAAUAUCUGGAUAUCUGUUCCGUUCUAGUAUCCUCUGGUAACGGAGGAUGUCCAGGGUCUACUGAACUCCUUAUUCCUUUAUUAGGUUGAAAUAUCUUCUGUAUUAAAGGACAACCCUUCUGAGGUUGAAUUGAUCCAUCCUGUAAAAUAAGAUUGGGAUCUUGUUUUGUUUUAAAUUAAUUUGUAUUUUGAUAGGUGCAGUGGGUCACCAUCAUAUUUUAGUAAGCUCUACUUGCAAUCUUGGGACUUGAAAAAUACCAGAAGCAGUUACUCAUCAGCCACAGGGUAACAGAUCAUUAAAGUCCACUUCAAAGUUAUAAGGAAAGGUUGUGCUUUCAGCAAUAGAUUCUCACAAUGCAUUUCAUGUUCUGCAAAGUAUUGUGGGUUAAAUAUUUGACUGCUAAGCUCCCUAAGCUUCUGCUUCAGUCACAGACUUUUUGCUCCACAAUACCUGCAAAUAUCUUGUGUAUAUUUCAAGACCUAAUUAAAAGUAUAGUAUUUUGCUUCUAUUGUGUUGUGAAAAGAAACAUCUGAAAACCCAUGUAUUGUAUUUUAUUUUAGGGAAAGUAUUUGGAAGGGGUGAGAUGGUGAAGAUACAGUAUGUACCAUAUUAGAUUUCUAAUGCAGUAAGAUGUGCACUGCUGUGAAAAUAGGGCUCAUAAAGAUUCUCUUUUUGUCCUCAAGUUCGUUAUAUGGCUGUGUCUUUAGUUUCAUUUUAUGUACCAAUGGAAGAUUUGAUUUAACACUUCUGUUUGUAUGUGACCAUACCUCGUUCUCUAACACUUUUGUAAAAUAAAACUUCAAAAGAUAA